CUUGUCUUUUUGUCUCCCAUCAGUCUCUUCCUUCUUCUACACCCAAUCCUUUUAAAGUUAACUCUGUGCUCCUCUCUACACUUCCCCAUCUCUUAUCAUUACAGCUUCUCUGAGAAAAUCAAAAGACAAACUGAUGGCUUCACCAAGGAAAUAUCUUAAUGGGUUUAGAGUUGCAGCGAUAGUUCUCAUAUUUUCUCUCACAUUUCCACCUUCGAAACCAGUUGGUUUGAGCUUUUCAGGUUAUGAUGAGAACGUGAAGCAAAGGAAACAAGUUUUGGGUUCAAGACCUCCUAGAUGUGUAGGCAAGUGCUUAAAUUGUAAGCCUUGCAUGGCAACCCUGGUUAUCCCUCCUCACCAAAGGAGUGGUGAGAAAAUGUCAUCCCAUGAAGAAGAUGACAGCUACUAUCUCCUGUCUUGGAAGUGCAGAUGUGGUGAUAAGUUUUAUCAGCCUUGAGCCUUCUUAAUUAUGUCUAUUGACCAGUUUUUUAGUCUUUGAUUAUACAAGUCUCACUGGUUAUUACUUUACUACAAGCCAAACCCCUUCUUUAUUCAGACAGAAAUUCAAACCCAUUAUGAUUCAAAGGGUUGUAUUUGACUACUCUCUCUCUCUCUCUCUCUCUCUCUCUCUCUCUCUCUCUGGCAGAUAAUAGUACGUAUUUAUAUUUUCACUGGGUUUUAAAGAGGAUUUAAUCUCAUAGUCCUCUCUCUCUCUCUCUCUCUGGAAGAUAAUAGUAUGUAUUUAUAAUUUCAGUGGGUUUUGAAGAGGAUUUAGAUUCUCUCUCUCUCUCUCUCUCUCUCUCUCUCUCUCUCUCUCUCUGUAUG